AUCUGCGGAGAGCAACUUGAGCCGGGCUCGCCAGCCAUGUCCCUUUGCCGAGCCGGGGCUGCGCGGGGGGACCCCGAAGCCUCUCGCCCGGCACCGCGCCGCCCCGCAGCCGACUAGAGAGCCGCAGCUGCGCAGCCGAGCUGCCCGACGCCCGCCCGGCUAGCUGGCUGGCGCGCGGGCCGAGCUGCCCAGCGGACCCCGGAGAGCCCAUCUGUGGAUGCCCGAAGAGGCGGCGGAGCAGGAGGAGGAGAAGGGGACCGUCGCCCGCCCGCCGCGGAUCUAAGUUUUGACCGGGGGGAGGGUCCGGGUCCAGGCGCCAACCUCCCCCCGCAGAAGGAUGCCAAAGAAGCGGGCGCGCUAGAAAGGCCGGCGGGGGAUUCGUGGCGGAAGGCGAAGCCCCCCGCCCGGAGGAUGGUGGUGCCGGCCGGGACGGGGCCGCGGCGCUUCUGCUGCCCACGCCGCCUCUGAGUCGGGGGGCGGCGGCGAGGACGACGAGGACGAGGACCCGCCCGCGGAGGAUGGAUGGAAGAGACCUCGGGCCCCCGCGCGCUGUCCACCACCUCGCGCCGCCGCCGCCGCUCCUCUCCGGCCUGGCCAUGGAGAGCCACCACCGCGCCGCCGCCGCUCGCCUCGCCCCCUUGGCGGCCGGCCUCCCGCCCGCGCCUCUGGGGCCCGGGAAAUAUCUCGCCGCCGGCAUCGGCCUCCAUGCCCACCCAGGUUUCUCCCAUCUGCCGAGUGGUCUGUAUCCCUCAUACAUUCCUUUGAGUCACCUGGAGCCCCAUAACAGCGGGAGCCCCUUGCUUGCUCAGCUGGGGCAGCACAGCCUCUUUGAGUCUCCAAAAGAUGGAUUUUACCUCUCUGGCCACGCGGGACAGCCUGCUUUGCACGCCCAAGGCCCUCCCGCAAGGACGGUGGCCAGCCACACACCAAGCGCUCUGCUCCGCGAGAAGGAUCCUGGGCACCUGCACAGGGCUUCCAAGGAGAGCACAAGAGAUCUUGCUGGCAAAGAGCGGGCGUGUCGCAGUGACCUCUCCAUACCCAUGGCCAAGAAGGAGGGCAAGCUGCGAGAAGAGCCCCGACCACACAGCGUGGUGGAUCUCACCCAGGACACGAAGCCCGACAGCGACCGGAAAGUAAGUGGCCCUGAAAAGGCCACCAAGGCUGGGGAGCAGCCGUCCCUGUUCCUUGCUGAACAUAUGCCAAAUCGGGGGGCCCUUGGCGGAGAACCAAAGUCCAAGAACCCGUUGCAGACCUCUUCGCUCAAUAACUGCAACGGGGGAGGGGACCCUCUGGGGAAAGUGCUGGGUUCCGAGCAAGACCGUUGUGCCAAGGACCCCAGCAGGCACGAUGAGAACAUGAGGCCUUCUCCUCACAUGCACCCCGACAGGCUGAAAAGAGGCGAUUUUGCCAUGGGCACAGCCGCCCCCACUUUGCAUGUUGCCUGCAGUUGCCCCUCCCCAGCGCAACCAGGGAAGGUCACCCCUUCCUCAGGAUACCCUCCCCAGCCCGUGCAUUCCAACAUGUACUCCAUCUUCCCUUUGACCAAGGAGCCUGGGAGGGAACACAAAGUCAUUGCCCCCACCUUUGUGCCUUCUGUUGAGGCUUACGAUGAGAGGAACGGACCCAUUCAGAUUGCUUCGCAGGCCCGGGACAACAGCGGCAAAGCAAAAGAGAAGGACGUCCCUGCCGCCGCCGCCAGAGCGGGCGUCUUGCAGGCCUUGCCGGAGAGGUGCCUGGGUGAUGCCUCUCGCAACCUGUUGCCCCAAGAUUUCCCUGUCUCUGGCGACGCCAGAAGAAUGGAUGUUCUGAGGGAGAAAGGCUCUGUGAUCAGGACCAACGCCAUGGCCCUAAAGAAACAGGGGGCUUCAGAAACGUUCCUCAGCAGGCCAAGGCAAAACUCCCCAGAAAGCCAGGGGGAAUUCCUGACCUCAAAAGACUUGCUCAAACUGGGCUUGGAGGCAGAGCACCGUUCCUGCGAGCGGGACCGGUUUCAGCGAUCUGGCUGCAAGGACACAGCAAAGACAUAUGGCACUUUGGACUCCUCUUCCUCCUCCUCCCGGCAACAUUUAGAUCACAGCCAGCACCUGAAGCCUCCCGAUCAGAAAUGGAAGCCUUUUGAAAUGGGCCACUUUGCCACCACACAGAUGGCUGUGUUGGCUGCCCAGCACAACCAUGCCAGCCGGGUGGAGGAGGAAGCCAAGAAGGCCUACCUCGACCCCAGCGGUCUGCAGAGGCCCUCGGCGACGGCACCCCGGGGUGCCGCUGAAGGCCUCCACCCUACCUCUCACGGCGAAGGGUCUGCCAUGCAAAGCCUCAUCAAGUACAGCGGCAGCUUCGCCAAGGAGACGGCUGCCCGGCAGGGCAGUGGCAAGAAGAGCCCCUUUGGGGGCCUCGGCAACAUGAAGCUGGAUCCUGCCCUGCAGGGUCCGUCCAAGAUCCAGCCACUGGCAUCCCUCCAGGCUGACAAGCAGCUGAAGAAGGAGGCUGAGAGGCCGGAGAGUGCCAAGUCGUUUGGGCGCGAGAGCAUUGGGUCUCAGGGAGAGGUCGAAGUGAGGCAUCUUCCAGUGGGCAUUGCUGUGGCCGUUGCUCGGCAGAAGGACAACAGUGGUGGCAACAAGCUGGGCCCCAGCCUGGUGGACCGUGAUCGCUCCCUCUCCCUGAGCAGCGUCAAAGGCCAUGGACGCUCAGAUGAGGAUUGUGGGGAUGAUCGGCCGCGCCAUCGAGACAGCCAUCUCCUGGCAAGUCGUCUGGAACGAGACCAGGAGAAGCUCCUCAGAGAAAGCAAAGAACUGGCUGACUUUGCUCGGAUACAUCCCAACAGCUGCACUGCAAAUGGUUUGAACCCCAACCUCAUGGUGACUGGGGGGCCACCCUUGACUGGCUCAGGGCGAUGGUCUGCUGACCCAGUAUCACACCUGGCACCUCACCCAUGGAUACCCAGGACUGGCAGCUCAUCAAUGUGGCUAGCAGGCCAUCCCUAUGGGUUCGGCCACCCUUCUCUGCACCAAGGCAUGACUCCCGGCUUCCCAGCUAGCAUGGGGGGAGCACUCCCUUCUGCCUACCAGUUUGCCAGGGAUCCUCAGUCUGGCCAGCUUGUUGUGAUCCCCAGCGAACACCUGCCACACUUUGCAGAGCUGAUGGAUCGUGCGCCGCCUCUUUGGCCUGCUAUGUACCCCCCUACAAGGAACUCCCUCCAGCAUGCUCAGCAGCUCCAGCUCUUGUCUCACCAGCAGCUGAUCCGCCAGCAUGAGUUGUACAUCUUGCAGCAGCAGGCGGCGCAUGCCAUGGAGUUGCACAGAAGCGCACAGUUGGUGGAGAGGUUAAAAGCUAGUGAGCAGCGGGUGGAGAUGGAAGAGAAGAUAUCGAAACGGAGCCUGGACAAUACUAAGUCAGGCCUCGCCACCUCCAGUUCGGGCCUCUUGCACCGGAAGCCUCCCAUCCUGUCCCCCAGCACUUGUGCGUCCUACAGCAAGGCAGUGAGUCCACCUCCCCUGUCUCCCACGGCCUCUCCUGUGUCUGUGCUCAAAGCCGAGGUCAUCCAAAAGAUGGAGGAGCCACCUACGCAGCCAGCCUACUCCUACCCUGCUACCCCCGUCUCCCAUCCUUCUAGCCCACCCCCUGCUUCUCCGCCUCCGGCCCCCGCUGUCCCUCCAAAAGAAGAGGAGGAACCCGAGAGCAUGGAGAAGAAAGAGCUGGAGAAAGAGGCCUCUGGUCCUUACCAGGCUUUGUUCCCAGAGAUGCCAUCGGGAUAUCCAUUCCAGUCCCUUCCUGCCUCUUUCAGAAGACACUACCCGUACCUCCUUCAGCCCACUGCAGCAUCCGAUGCAGACGGCCUGGCCCCCGAUGUCCCACUUCCCCCUGGGGAUGGAGAGCGCCUGGCACUUUCUCCAGAGGGCAAGCCAAUCCAUCUCUCCCCAUCCAAAAUCAUCAAACCCAUGCAGGCUGCAGAGGAAGAGGAGUCUUUGGAAGAGCGGGUGAAAACUGAGGUAGAGAUGGAUGAAAACCAGGAAGGUGACAACUGCGAGCAGGAUAUGGAGGCCUUGAGCAUGGCAGCCUCUGUUGCUCACCCAGUCCAGGACAUGAGCAGCUGCAACCUUCUCAUGCACCGCAGCAAAAACCGGAGCAGCUCAGAGCAUGAAGAAGCAGCUCUUCAGAACUGCCAAGGUGUGUAUCAAGGAAUGGCCUGCUCUGCAGAAAUGGAGAGCCAAGUGGAAGCUGCUCCUGGCCCUGAAAUCUGUCCUGUCCACAUGGACUAUGACGGGGCAUUGUUACACAGUGGUAGCGAACAGGCAGAGGAAACGUCCCUUGCCACUGAACUGCCUCAUGUCAGCUCUCCCCGGGGAAGGGAAUAUCCUAGCCUGCUUCAGGAAGAGGAGGGGCCAAUCUUGGCGAGGCCCUGCUAUGGGAACGAGUCAGUCUCCUGCCAAGUCCCACCCCUGGACAUCAAACCGGAGGACCCCCUAGCGGGCAUGAAUGCCUUAGCGGCAGCUGCUGAAUUGCCUCAGGCGUGUUCGUUGCUGACCAGUGACAGCAUCACCCAAGAGGCGGUAGUGAACUUGGAAGUGUCCUCUUCUCUGUCACCAGAGCACACCUUCCUGCAGGGGAUCACGCUCUUGAGUGAAAUCGCAGAGCUGGAGCUGGAGAAGAGGAGACAGGAAACGCAAGCAGGUCUGGAGAUCUUCCCAGUCCGUCCAACCCUGGAGAGUCUGUUAGCUGCCAGCACCCAAAUGCUGAUGGAAGUCCUUUCAACCCCCUUUAUGGACAGUUUGAAAAACAUCCGCCUGCCACGAGAACUGAAUCCCAACAAAAAGUACAGCUGGAUGCAGAAGAAAGAUGAACCAAUGUACUCCAUAAAGUCUGCCAUUGAGAACAUGGAUGCCAUGGAACUGGACUACAGGAUGAGGCUAGCUGAGCUGCAGAGGAGAUACAAGGAAAAGCAAAGAGAGCUGAUGAAGCUGCAGCGACGGAGAGACUCUGAGGAAAAGCAUGACGAGAAAAGUAGAAGCUUGGCGAGACGAGGCCGAGGAAGGCCCAGGAAGAGGAAGCAUGGAUCGAGCGCUCUGUCGCCCCCUAAGGAGAGAGGGAAGAGUGACGGCAGGAGUGGAAAGCUACUCUCUGAAGACUCUGAGACAGGGGAAGGGACCCAGAAGAGACACAGGGCCAUCCUCCUUGACGAGGGAGAUGUGGAGAGCAGAAGUGGGAAGAGGAAAGGCAGGAAUCGGAGCUGGGACGAGCAGGACGUGCUGGCAAACUUCUCUAGUGAGUUAAAGAUUAAGAAGAAGAAGCUGGCAUCUGAUCAGGAGCAGCUGGUGAGCAAGCUUGAUAAAGCCCUGUCACUCACCAGGCACAACAAGCUGAAGUCCCCUUUUAAGUUUGCAGACAGCUCUGCGGGGAGGCAGAAAAAUGGUGGAUGUUAUGGCAACAGAUACCUGUCUUCCCACGAGGCCUUGCUCAGCAGGGAUGACAAGAAGAACUUGGCCAAAACACUGAGCUUCUCACUGAAAGCCUCCAGAGAAGGUAAAAACAAAAUGGCUGCCAAAAUGAAGAAGAUGGUGGGGCUAAAAGUCAAGGGUCACCUGAAGGUUUCCAGUUCACCAGCAAUAUCUGAAGUUAGCAGUUAUUCCUACAAUACAGACUCUGAGGAAGAUGAUGAGUCCCUGAAGGAUGAGUGGCCUUCUCAUUCCCCAACCAGCUCCAGAAUGAGAGCCCCUAGCCUCUACAGUGUAGUGGCCCAAAAGACCAGCAGGAUCUCUGGAGGCCUCAAGGCAACCAAGAAGGGCAUCUCUGCCACUAGAACUCUCAAAUCUAAAUUGGCCACAGCAAGCAGGAAACAGAAGUUUUGUUUGCUGCCUAGAGAGGCCGAAGCUGGAUCUUCAUUCAGUGAUUCUUCGGAGGACUCGUUUGAUCAAGAUUCUAGUUCGGAAGAGGAGGAAAAGGAAGGCUAUGGAAUGGGCAGCAGCGCCAAGCUUUCAUCCCCUGCUUUGGAUGAGAGCGGCUUGGGGCUGCUUGCGAGGUUUGCUGCCAACGCGAUGCCAAGCCCCAUUAUCCCACCUUCCCUCUCCAUUGUUCAGCUGGAAGCCAAGCAGAAAGCCAAGAAGAAGGAAGAGAGGCAGAGCUUGAUGGGGACGGAGUUUGAAUACACAGACUCGGAGAGUGACGUGAAGAUCAAGAAGAAGCCUGCCUCCAGCCUGCUGCGUGGGAAGAAAGGUCUGCUGUUGGAGCAAGGCAGCGCCACGGCCGUACCGUCUGGGUCCACAACAGACACCAUCUCAGUGGGGAGCUUGGAGAAGACCAAGACGGCGUCCGAGAAGAGCAGGAAGCUGAAGAAGAAGUUCAAGUCGCCAAAAGACCUGAGCUUCGAGUUUGGGCUGGAGGUGAGUGAUGACGACCUCUGGAACCGGCGGCGCAGCGAGCGGAUCUUCCUUCACGACGCCACUGCAUCGUCAGCCGGGCUGUCUGCCACCACACCAGCCAGUUCAACCCCCAUUUCCAAAACUGUGCGCUGCGUGAAGGGGGCGCCCCUGAGCCCCAAGAAAGACAGGAGCAAAGGCAAAGAGAGGAAAGAACUCGGCAAGAAGAAGAAAAAUAAAGAAGGCCCAUUCUGCUCUUCCUCCUCCUCCUCUUCUCUCUCUUCUCCGGGCAUCGCCAGCUCCCUGCCUGACGUCCGAGCCAGCUUGACCGGCUCCCUGGGGCCCAGUAAGAAGAGCAAGGCCAAGGCCAAAGCCAAAGAGGUGAAGAAAGAGAACCGAGGGAAAGGAGGGGCCGUCAGCAAGCUGAUGGAGAGCAUGGCAGCUGAGGAGGAUUUUGAGCCCAACCAGGACAGCAGCUUCUCCGAGGAUGAGAAUGUGCCUCUGAGCUUGCUCCUGGAGAGGCCGCUGACUCCAGCCCCUCGUUCUUGUAUCAUUGACAAAGAUGAGCUGAAGGAUGGCCUCCGGGUCCUCAUCCCCAUGGACGACAAGCUCCUCUAUGCUGGGCAUGUGAAGACCGUUCACUCUCCUGACAUAUAUCGAGUUGUGGUGGAAGGAGAGCGAGGAAACCGACCCCAUAUUUAUUGUUUGGAACAGCUGCUGCAGGAGGCAAUCAUUGAUGUGAAACCCCCUUCAGUGCGGUUUCUCCCUGAAGGCACAAGGAUUGCCGCAUACUGGAGUCAACAGUAUCGCUGCCUCUACCCAGGGACAGUUGUGCGAGGAGCUCAUGAUCAGGAGGAAGACGGGGAUUUGAUAACUGUGGAGUUUGAUGAUGGCGACACCGGCCGGAUCCCCUUGUCCCACAUCCGGCUCCUUCCACCCGAUUACAAGAUCCAGUGUGCUGAGCCUUCACCUGCCCUCUUGGUGCCCAGCACAAAGCGUCGCAGCCGCAAAUCCAGUAAGGAUGCUGCAGAAGGAAAAGAGGGGACUGGGAUGGCAUCUGAAGAGCCGGCAUCAAAAGGCAGAGGUCGAGGGAGAAAGCCAAGCAUCAAACAGAAAGCUGAAGAAACCAUCCUUAAGGAAGAGACAAACCAUGGGGAAACAUCAGGAAACCCUUCCCUCGUGCCAGAAAAGCCAGUUUGCCCUAGCAAACAAACUGUGAAAGGCUCAAAAAAAGCACAACAGAUCCCUCCUAGACCCUCCCCAGCUCCAGUGGAAGAAAAACACUGCAGUAAAGGUGGCAAGAUGAAAAUCUCUGCCAAAGUGCCCGGCCCGGCCCAGACUGCCUUCCAUCCUCCAGUGUUCAGCAGCGUCCAGGGGAAAGAGCCAUACGCUGAGUUGCCAGGAGCGCUGGGAACCUUCAGUCCUUCUGACAGCUCCUCUGGGAAAGUCAAAUCUAAGAAAGGCAAAUCCACCGAGGAGUCACAAGAGUUUGGGUCAACAGCCAAAGCUCAGAGGAAGAUCCCAGACAGUGAGAUCCUCAUCAAGCUGGAUCACGAGGGAGUCAUGUCUCCAAAAACCAAGAAGACAAAGGAGGCCAUGAGGAUGCUGGGAGACGCCAACCUGGCUGGCAGGAGGGAGGCAAAAAGCGUCUUGGGGCUGAGCUACAACCCCAUCACAAGCACCAACCUGAAGCCGCAGAAAUCUUCCAGGAGCAAGGCAGCGAGCGGCGAGUCUUCGGCUCCCACCUACGGGGGCAAGUUUGGUGGCUCUGGAGAGAACUCCGCCUCCUCUAAGGAGCAAGAGGACAAAGCCCAACCUGCGCCGGCGGGAGACGAGUCCGACAGCAACAGCAGCAGUUCAGAGUCGGAAGGAGAGGAAGAAGCGGUGAAGAACGGAGGGGGAGCCCAAGGCAGCAGCUCAGCCAGCUCCAGAGCGUCUACGCCCGUCUCCUCCUCCACCUCCUCCUCCUCUUCCUCCACCAGUAGCAGCUCUUCUUCCUCUUCCUCCUCCUCUUCCUCCUCCUCCACCUCCUCCUCCUCCUCCAGCUCCAGUUCUUCCUCCUCCUCCUCCUCCUCUUCCUCCUCCACCACAGACGAAGACUCUUCUUGCAGUUCUGACGAGGAGGCAGCCGACUCCCAGCCAAGUGCCUCUUCUGGCCAGCUGGCCCUGCCGCCCAAGCCAGCGAAGCAGGCAGGGAAGCCUCGUGCCACUUCCCACCCCCAAGGCCCAAAGCAGCAGCAGCAAGAGGAGGAGCAGCAGGAGCGAGCAGCACAGAAGCAACAGCAGACUGGGACCAAGACCCGGCCCAAGAAGCGCGAGGGGAUCCACCUGCCCACCACCAAGGAGUUAGCCAAGCGCCAGAGGCUGCCCUCUGUGGAGAACAGGCCCAAGAUUGCUGCCUUCCUGCCGGCUCGUCAACUGUGGAAGUGGUUUGGGAAACCCACCCAGAGGCGCGGGAUGAAGGGCAAAGCGCGGAAGCUCUUCUACAAGGCCAUUGUUCGUGGGAAGGAGAUAAUCCGCAUUGGAGACUGUGCAGUCUUCUUGUCGGCCGGCCGACCCAACCUGCCCUACAUUGGCCGGAUCCAGAGCAUGUGGGAGUCCUGGGGGAACAACAUGGUUGUCAGAGUGAAAUGGUUUUAUCACCCAGAAGAAACCAACCCUGGCAAGAAACUCAACGAAGGCAAGCGCUGGGAUCAGAAAUCCAGCAGAAGCCUUUCAUCCGCUCUUCAGGCUUCCAGCCAGAGGAAAGACUUCAUGGAGCGAGCACUGUACCAGUCUUCUCACGUGGACGAAAAUGACGUCCAGACAAUCUCGCACAAAUGUCUGGUCGUCGACCUGGAACAAUACGAGCAGAUGCUGAAAACGAAGAAGUACCAGGACAGCGAAGAUCUUUACUACCUAGCGGGCACGUAUGAGCCCACCACAGGCAUGAUAUUCAAUACCGACGGGGUCCCGGUCAUCUGCUAACCGCUUCUGGAAAAAGGGAUCCUGGGAGGCAUCCCACUCUUGGCAAAGCAUUCAGAGUAAUACACCCCAACCUGUCCACAGAGGAGGAGGAGGAGAAUGGGAUGAAAUAAAAGUAUGUGCCUGUUUUUAACGACAGCAUGAUUGUUUAGUGCUCAGUUGCAUCAUGACAGACAGGUUCCAAAAAACAGGUUGUUUUAAGGGAUUUCCUGAAAUCAGCUCAGUGAUGGAUCCAACUGCUUGCCUCUUGCAGAAGAAAUUACAGAUAAGAUUUUUUUAAAAAAGAACUUACAGAUGAGGGCGAUGAGCUUGUAUUCUGCUGCUUGGGAACCAGCAUCACUUGGGGGUGCCAUGCCACAUUCCCAGAACUACAGGCUCCCCCCUCCCCUUUGGUCCAGACUUUCAUAGGUAUUUCAGGACAUCCAACAGUUUUUUGGACUUGAUGCUUUCUGAUUUUCAAGGUUACCCGUCGAUCCUCCCUCAGCAACCACAAACUGACUUGUGGAAGACAAGGGUAGGGAGAUCCCUGUGUGACUGCCAGUUAAAGACAUUUUGUUGACUCUCUGUGUCAAAUACCUGCCCUUCAGUCGGGAACCGAAAGCUACAGUCGCAAAGGGUGUUGCUUGGACAAAGAGCUGUUGACUGACGUCUCUCUUAGGGUUCAAGGACAGAGGAAUCGGACGCAUUUGGGACUGCCUGAGCAGGUGCAGUCUCACAAACAAAAACGUGCAAGUUGAAUGUAAGUUACUAGGUUCUGCUUAGAAACACGGGUCCCUCUUCCAUCAGCUAUUCCCUAAAUACAUUAUUUGGGAGAAAUGUUUGGAACAUACGCUGCUGGUAAUUUGCUGCUCCCACUUCAAGAAUCCAAGAAACACUUUCCCCCUCCCCCUCCCGAUGUCAUCUGGGCCCAGCGAACUACCUUUUGAAGAGUCCAUGCAGAAUGAAAUACUAACUCUUCUCCCACCCCCUUCUCCCCAUUGGCACUACUUGUGAUGAGUACGGAGAAGAUGGCACUUGCAGAAACCUGGCGUUACCCACGUGUGAAGUGAUGGAUAGUGGGAGUGGGGAAUCUGCAUUAAACGCAGGACUAGAGUGGUUGACAGUCACUGAUCCCAUAUUUCCCCACUUUCCCGUUCACUUAGCCAUCCAUCUCUGUUUCCCCCCUCCUAGGCGAUUGGCUCUGGACUUUGCAGGGUGAAAGCCCAAAGAGAGACAAGGCCAACAAGGGAGUCCCUUGGGUACGAGUACAGGAUAAUAAGGAUGAAAACAGCCAUGUUUUUGCACUUAAAAAACAAACUCAUACACUACAAGCCCGAGACACCACGAUUGUUUCUGCCCGGAACAGAAUGUGCCAUUCCAGCACUACCCUUUACUUACUUGGUCAGAUUUUUAACUGUCUGCUCUGGCACAAAUGGAGAAGUAAAGAUAUGUAGCUGUAGAGAAAGGCAUCCCGUUUUAGAGUCCUGUCCCAAUCUCCUUUUAAAGAACCACAGUGGUGCUGAUCUGUACUGCCUGCCUUCUCCAGUCUUGGACUGCGGCUCCCGAAGACUUUGGUGGAUAAUAUUUCUAAACAGCAGCAGCAGCUCUGUACAGUUUUAACGUACCAAAAGACUCUCAUAUUACCUUUUCCCCUGUAUUAUAAGCUCUUCAAAGAAAGCAAAACUAAAAAAAGAAAGGAUAAAAAAGCAAAAUGGAUUCAACUUUUUAAUUAUAAAUAUAAAAUAUAAAUAUAUAAAUAUAUAUAAAUAUAUAAACUUUUUUAAAAAAAACUGUGAAAAAAAUUAUGGAAUUAUAAAAGGAAACACAGUCUGACAUGUAGAGUCUUAUUUUUUAUUUCCUGUUGGAUUGUGACUGUAAAAAGAAAAGAACGGGAAAUCCAAAACAUUGCUUAUAUAUGAACUGUGUACUGUAUUUGUAGAAGCAACUUGCGUGAGCAAAUGUGUUUUAAAGAGACACAGAGAGGGAGGGAGAGAAUUUACGCGAAUGUCAAAUAGAAAGCACUUAACUGCCCAUUGCCUUCUAUGGAACACAAGGAUAUUUUGCAGACAAUCGAGAGGAAAGGAGCCAGGUUUUUUGCCCUCCCCCUGUUGUUUUAUGUUUUCAGUUCCCCCCCCCUUUUGCAUUCUGUUUGUUGCCGAAUUAUGUGCGAUCCUUUUUCAUAAAAAAAAACAAUUGAAAAACAA